AUGCUGGCGCCCUCAUUCCACAAGGGAAGCAUCCCGAUGAAAUCCAUCCAUGGCCAACUGUGUCGUACAAGGCCUACGAUGCCACACGCCCGGCCCAUUCGCCGGCCGUACAUGAACAUCUAUCAAACCACUCGACUCAGCAGCAACAAGUCCCCGCAAGCCAACAGCAACACCGCCAAAUGCACUCCAUCUGGCCCCUCACCUCGAGUGGUUUUCUCCGGCAUCCAACCCACCGGAGUGCCCCAUCUAGGAAACUACCUCGGGGCACUGCGAGAAUGGGUGAAACUCCAGGACGAGGCCGAGCCCGGCACGAAGUUGAUUUUCUCGAUUGUGGAUCUCCAUGCUUUGACGGUGUCGCAGGAGGCGGCGCAGUUGAGGAGGUGGAGGAAGGAGGCGUUUGCGACGCUCCUCGCGGUGGGAUUGGAUCCGAAGCGGUCGACGAUUUUUUAUCAAUCGGAGGUUCCAGCUCAUGCAGAACUGAUGUGGAUUCUGAGCACCGUGGCAUCGAUGGGAUACCUAUCACGAAUGACUCAAUGGAAGAGCAAAUUACAACUACCCGAGGACACAACGCUUGAACAAGCAGAUGCGCGAGCUCAAUUACGUCUGGGACUCUUCUCUUACCCGGUUCUUCAGGCCGCUGAUAUUCUGGUUCACAGGGCAACGCAUGUCCCCGUGGGCGAGGACCAACGACAACAUUUGGAAUUUUCCAGAUAUACAGCGAAUAGCUUCAAUCAUCUCUACGGGCCCAUCUUUCCUAUCCCAGAAGCUCAAAUCUCCCCCGCCAAACGAGUCAUGUCCCUCAAAGAACCCACCUCGAAAAUGUCCAAAUCUCACCCGGACCCCAAAUCCCGCAUCCUUCUCACCGACAGCCCCUCCACCAUCCACAAAAAGAUCAAAGUGGCCCUGACCGACUCCCAACCCCUCAUCACCUACGACCCCGCCCACAGGCCGGGCGUGUCCAACCUACUCGAGAUCCUGAGCCACUUUGAGAGCCGGUCGUGCGAGCAGAUUGCGGGCGAAUUCGAGGGGGCGAGUCUCCGGGUGCUGAAGGAGCACGUGGCGGCGAGGAUUAGUGCGCAUUUGGAGGCUGUGAGGGAUCGGUAUGAGGAGGUGAUGGGAGAUCGGACGGGGUAUUUGAAGAGUGUGGCGAGGGAAGGCGCAGAGAGGGCGGGGGGGAAAUGCGAGGGAGACGAUGAGGAUGGUGAGGGAUGUGAUGGGGUUAUAGAGGGAAGAUGA